UCGUUUGUAUAGCUCGCACUUGAUAAACGGUGCAGGGACUGUAGGCCGUGCUAUAAAAGAUUCGAAUUUUCGGACGAAUUCGUAGUUCAUCUCAUUUUUUCUCUCAGCAAGUGGUAACCUCUCACAAACCAUGAAGCUCCUUAUCCUAGCCGUGCUCGUCGCAGCUGUGGCUGCUCUGCAGCGAGAGUCAGAUUUCAUGACUAUCCUGCCCGAGAGCUGGUACGAAGAGGAAGCCAACAAGGCUGCCGCUGAUGAUCCAGACACCUUCAACAUGCCGUUCUUCAUGAAUGCCGAUGAAAGCAUGUCCGCGGACUUUGGUGCAUCCAACUUCGGUGAUCCUAAGAACGUUUUGGAUGUGGCCCAGCAGCUGGGAGCGACCAUCUUCGUGCAUGCUGCGUACUACACGAAGACCGCUGAUACUUUCAAGAACACUCAGAGCAUUACGGCGUUCAUCCCAUCUAACGCUGCUUUUGCCCGCCUGCCUAAGAAUAUUUAUUUCUACUUCCUUCGCCAUCCCGACAGGCUGGCUGCUCUCCUCAAAUACCACGUUGCCCAAGGAGUUUUCAUGAUCAAGGAUCUCGUUAACGAUCAGACCUACAAGACUCUGGAAAAGGACUGGACUCUUCGAUAUGACGCGUACAACCAUACUUCAAUCAAUUAUACGUCCCGCAUCAUCCAGACCGCCCGUAUUAGCCACCGACACGUCGAUCAGGCCGCCAGCAACGGUGUUGUCCACAUCAUCGAUGAAGUCAUUUUGGGCAUUCCUUUCUUCAGCGCCUAUGACGUGAUCUCCAAAUCGACUCACUUCAGCACCUUGUACAACGGUCUGAUUGUUGCCGGUUUGGACCAAAGCUUGAAGAGUGCUGGACCUCUGACUUUGUUCGCUCCCACCGAGGAGGCUUUCAAGCGUCUGCCUCCGGGUGUAUGGGAAGCCCUCCUGAAGGACAAAACCGCUUUGACCAAUGUUUUGGAUCUUCACCUGGCUAACCGCACUUACUUCGCCCGUGGCUUCAGAGAUAUGGAUGUUUUGCCCACUUUGAACAAGGCCAACAGCCUGACUGUCCACAUCCGCCGACACCGCGGUGACGAAGAUGUCCAGCGCGGACCCUCUCGGCCGGAAGUCGAAGUCGAGGUGAACGAUGCUAAGAUCAUCUUCUUCGAUGGCGUGGUUACCAACGGAAUCAUUCAAGUUGUUGACACUGUGCUUUUGCCCCCUAAGAUCAAGGAGCAGUACAACCUGCUCUGAACAUAUAGAUAGUCUUUCUAUGGGUUCGUCAGUGUAGCGUUUGAUACGCUCCUUGUGAUUUCUGGUUAUUAUACUUGAUGAUCUACUGUCCCACGAACGAGUUCUGCAUGGUGCAUACAGUGUAUGUGAGAAGGUGAUUUGCUUUAACCGGUGCUAACGUUGUUAAACGUUCACAAGGAUUAAUUGUUAUACCAAAGAUUCUGUAUAUAUACAAUGUUCUUCUUACAAAAUUGCUAAAGGACAAUAAAACUAAAGCAUCAAAA